UUUUGCUCGUAUAGCACUUAGUUUACUCACAGCGAGUUCGAGUACCACCUUUUGUUUUCCCUCAACACUUUUCUCAUUUUAUGCGAAGAAAUCCUCAAUCCAAUGGCUGUUCCGAACCAGAAAGCUGAAAUCUUUGAACUCGACAAUGGAACCAUGCGUGUCUUGGUCACCAACUACGGCUGCACCAUCACCUCCCUCUCUGUUCCGGACAAAGAUGGAAAAUUGGCCGAUGUUGUUCUCGGAUUCGAUUCCCUCGAGCCGUAUUUGAAUGGUGCUGCUCCUUAUUUUGGAAGCAUUGUUGGCCGGGUUGCCAAUAGGAUCAAAGAUGGAAAAUUUACUCUCAAUGGAGUGGAGCACUCUCUUCCUAUCAACAACCCUCCAAACAGUCUCCAUGGUGGGAACAAGGGUUUUGAUAAGCAGAUAUGGGAGGUUGCUGAAUAUGAAAAGGGUGAGAACCCACACAUCACUUUCAAGUAUCACAGCCGUGAUGGCGAGGAAGGUUACCCAGGAGAUGUUUUUGUCACUGCAACUUACACACUUACAUCAAGCACAACAUUGAAACUUGACAUGGAAGCAGAGUCUAAACACAAGCCCACACCGAUCAGCUUAGCCCAGCACACCUACUGGAAUUUAGCAGGUCAUAACUCAGGGACCAUUCUGGACCAUUCAAUCCAGAUACGGGCGAACUGUAUUACUCCACUGGAUCAGAACAGUAUCCCAACUGGUGAAAUACUUCAGGUUAAAGGAACUCCCUUUGAUUUCACUUCUGAGAAGAGGAUUGGUGAUGAUAUCAAACAGGUUGGCCUUGGAUAUGAUCAUAACUACGUUCUUGAUUUUGGGGAAGAAAUUUCAGAACUGAAACAUGCUGCAAAAGUUAGGGACCCGUUGAGCUCGCGGGUCCUCAACUUGUGGAGCAAUGCUCUUGGGAUGCAGUUCUAUACUGCAAACUAUGUCAGUGGGGUCAAGGGAAAAGAAGGAGCUGUUUACGGAAAACAUUCAGGGCUCUGUUUGGAAACACAAGGUUUCCCAAAUGCAAUAAACCAGCCAAACUUCCCCUCAGUUGUUGUCAAACCUGGUGAUAAGUACAAGCACACCAUGUUGUUCGAGUUUUCGGUUGAGUAAAGUGUCAGUCUUUUAAGUGGCUGCUACUGAGGAGUAGAUAUCGGAACAAGGUUUGGAAUCGAUGUAGUUUUUGCCACCAACUUGUUUAGAACCAAAAUGAUAUUUCUCAAGUAUUUAAUGAUGAGACAGUCCUGUGUGUAUAGUUACUGAGGCUAUUUUUCUUUUUUCUUGCUCGGUUGUGUUGAUGAAAUGACUUUCUUGUUCAUAAAGAACAAUAAAAAUUAGUUUUCCUUAUA